CGAACCUGGCGACGUUUUCUGUGAAGCAGUGAGGUGGACGGCGACGGGAAAGAUGGACGCGCGGCGGCCCUCUCCGCCCUCUUCUGACUCCCUCUUCUUCAAGAAUGUUAGAUGCCCUAAAUGUUCGGUCUCUUAUUUGCUUACAGAUGGUAAGCAUGACGUGUACAGGCACUUGCCGGUGCUCUUAACCUGUGGUCAUUCUCUGUGUGAAGGAUGUGCUGGAAAAUCACCAUGUGUCUGUACUAUAUGCAAAAAGGUGACAGUGAUGCAGAAAGGCCAGAUGAUGCCAAAACACUUGUAUAUCAUGGGACUAGCUGCAGCAGAAAGAUUUGAAUUAUUUUAUAGGAAACUUCAUCCUAUACAGACAUUGACAAUGCAGACAAGAAGCAACAAAGAUAAAGGUGCAUGCCAGGAAUGCAGCAGAGCAAUGGCUACAGUAGUGUGUAAACAGUGCACCUCACAGCUAUGUCAGGCAUGCUUUCAAAAGAUCCAUUGCCAUAGAACAAUGAGGCUUCAUGAAGCAGAACCACUAAAAUCUACUGGAGGUCUUCCCCAACUCCCAAGGUGCCAAGAACACCCAAAUGCUGCUUGCACCCAUCUAUGUAGGACGUGUUCAGUGGAGGACAAGGAAAUGAUAUUUUGCACCAGAUGUCGAUUAAUGGGGGUGCAUCAGCAGCAUGACAUUAUUGAUUUUGCAACUCUUGCAUCUCAAUAUAUGCCAGAUAUUGAGAAGUUAAUGGAGGACCUGAAGAAAGUAAUAGACUUCUUAGACAUCAACAGAGAGACUUGUCAUGAAUUGAGUAGAAAGGUGUGGCGUGAUUUUGAGGGGGUUGUAGGUGAAGUGCGCACCUACACCCAUCACCUGCAUGGACUGCUCCAGAAUACUGAGACUUCUGUCAUCAAUACUGCUUAUAGUCUGGCCACUCAGUACCACAACACUCUCACCACACAUGAAAUGAAACUUGAGCAAGAAAUUAUCCAGCGUCAAGAUAUCUUGAAAGAAGCCAAAGCAUUCGUGCAAGGAGAAAUGUCCGUUUCUCAUCCUAAGGAUUUGUUGAGUGUAUUGCAGAGGCUUGCAGUGUCUUAUCCUCUUAUGAAGGACAGAAAUUACGAGCAUGACAACAUACUCAGGUUAAAAUUUGUCGUUGGACUAGAGGAGAGCCUUACGAACUGUGUUAAAGUUUGCCAGAUGGAUGAUCGUUUCCAGCUGUUGCCAAGCUCAGAACUGAUUAUGAACAAAGACAAAGAUGUAAAUAUGUCAUCAGAUAAAACGGCUUCAAAAUUAAAUGACAUGAAUGAGGCUCGCCAGAUCUCAAAUGUCCAUAAUAUUGGCGACGCUAAUGACAACAUCCAUCACAUUAAGGGUAUUAUUCAUUCGCCAAUUGUAGUACCCAAAGAACCUUCACCAGUUGCAGAUCCACAAGGAUUAACCUCACCAGUUGCAGUUCCACAAGGAUUAACCUCACCAGUUGUAGUUCCACAAGGAUUAACCUCACCAGUUGUAGUUCCACAAGGAUUAACUGCACCAGUUGCAGUUCCACAAGGAUUAACUGCACCAGUUGCAGAUCCACAAGGAUUAACCUCACCAGUUGCAGUUCCACAAGGAUUAACCUCACCAGUUGCAGUUCCACAAGGAUUAACCUCACCAGUUGUAGUUCCACAAGGAUUAACUGCACCAGUUGCAGUUCCACAAGGAUUAACUGCACCAGUUGCAGAUCCACAAGGAUUAACCUCACCAGUUGCAGUUCCACAAGGAUUAACCUCACCAGUUGCAGUUCCACAAGGAUUAACCUCACCAGUUGCAGUUCCACAAGGAUUAACCUCACCAGUUGUAGUUCCACAAGGAUUAACUGCACCAGUUGCAGUUCCACAAGGAUUAACCUCACCAGUUGCAGUUCCACAAGGAUUAACCUCACCAGUUGCAGUUCCACAAGGAUUAACCUCACCAGUUGCAGUUCCACAAGGAUUAACCUCACCAGUUGCAGUUCCACAAGGAUUAACUGCACCAGUUGUAGUUCUCCAAGGACCAAAAGAAAUUAAUUUAAAAAAAUACACUAAAGUCAGUAACAUGGAAUCUCAAGGUAGUACCUCAGAAACACUGAAGCAGGAAAAUGGUAACUCUCAAGAAAUAGGACAGAAUGACAUAAAUACUUCCAAAGAUGUCUUUGACUUUAAUGUAAACCAAAAGGAAAUAAAUCGAUGCAAAUUCUUAAAUGAAGAUAACUAUAAUGGACAGAAUGUUGUUAAUGGAAAAUUAUUUGGUCAAUUUAAACAUGAUUUUCUUUGUGGUAGCAAGUUGAACAGAUCUAAUUAUUCUCCAGAUUUUCUUACCCAUGGAAUAGCAAGUGAAACCAAUUGUUCAUCAGAAGAAAAUGAUAGCCCACACCAUGGUAAUGUUCAAGAGGAAGAAUUGGAUAGAAAGACUGAAAGUGAUGAUGAUUGCUGUUCGAGUAUUCAUUCAGAGACGAGUUUAAUCAAUAUUUCAGUGCCAGGAGGACAAGUAUCUUCAUCAAAACCAGAUUAUACUAAUUGUUUAAAGGAUUUACCAACAUUACAGGAUGCAUUGGACAGGCUUACAGCACACAAUGAUAGACUCUUUACCAACAUUAACCAGCCAGACGACAUCAAUUUACAAGUGUUUGAUACCUUCAAGUUUGUUGAUAAAUGUAAAGAUUGGAAAUUGCUUGGAGCUCGUCCAAAAUUUCCUACACCAAGUCAGACUCAAGAUAUUGUCCAAGAACUUGAAAACACAAAAAUGAAGAGCAAAAGUUUGUCAACUAGCAGUCUUCACUCAAGCAUUUCAAGUGCAACAAGUUCACUACUUUUAUCAAAGAUACCUGCUUUGUUCAUGGAGGAAGAGGUUGAAGUUACUCAUAUUCAGAGCCCAUCUUUCUUCUUUGUACAACGUAAAUCUGAUUGGGAGAAAAUAAGGAAGCUCUUUAAGAAAAUUAAUGGCAAAGCUAUAAAGAAGUCAUCAGAAGGUGUAGUCCCCACUGUUGGCAAGGUGUAUCUUGGCCAGUUUACUCAUGACAAUAAUUUUUAUCGUGCUCUUGUAUCUUCAGUAAACCCUGAUAAUGGUGAAGUUUUUGUUCACUAUAUUGACUAUGGUAAUAGUGAACAACUCAAAGCAACAAGAUUACGUGAAUGUCCAACUGAGUAUCAACAGGAAAGUGUUCCUGCAUUUGCUCUGGCAUGUUGUCUGUGGGAGAUUGUACCUUCUAGAGGCGAGAUUUGGGAUUCUGAAGCUAUUCAAAUAUUUGCUGAACUCAUAAGUGGUGUUACAUUGCAGUUACUUAUCAUUGAAUAUGUCAAUAUUGAUAAUUUCAUUAAAUGCAAGGUUGAUUUGCGAAGACCGUGGAGGACAAGUGGAAUUGCUAAUGACCUGCCCAUAUCCAUUAGGGAAAUUCUUAUUUUUUUGGAGUAUGCUGUAUAUAUUAAUAAAUCUCCAGAAGACAUGUAUGAGAAGAACCGUAUUGCUGCUUACCAACAAUCAUACUUUCGUCCUGAGAUUCCCUUUGGUGAAGAUAGAACACCAGUUAUUCUCUCCAAUCUGUCAUCUCCAUAUAAAUUCCAUCUCCAACUCUUGUCUUCAAGUGGGGAUCUUCGUGACUUGAUGGCAGCUUUACAGAAACAUUAUUCUUCUCCAAAAGUUUGUGCCACAGUGGAUUGGCAUAUUUAUGCACCAAAAAUAGGUAUGCCUUGUGUUGCUAAAUUUUCUGGGGAUGAGAAGUGGUAUAGAGUCUUAAUUAAAGACCUACCUGGAAAAUGCAAAGUGGAUGUCCAAUGUGUAGACUUUGGAAAUGAAAAUACAGUGUCUUACAGCCAGCUCUGCAAGAUAGCUGACGAGUUCAUGAAGUUACCAGCUCAGGGUAUUUUAUGCAGCUUGUGUGAUAUCAAGCCAGUUGGUGACCAGUUGCUUGAGUUGGCUACAGAGGAAAUGACAAAUGUUUGUGAGAACCGGGUACUCAAGGCUAGCUUUCACACUUACGAAGAAGAAACAUGUAAGGUGAGCUUGUUAUCAUGCUAUGAAGAUGAUGAAAUAGAUGUGGAAGAUCAGUUAAUAGACUGUGGUGUUGCUGCUGUGUCUGAAGUUAGAAAGAUAAAAUUCGGCAAACAACACUGUUACCUGGAUUCUUUGAACUUUGAGUUGCCCCACAGUCAAGGAAAAAUCAACUCGAGAAGGUUAUAUGAAUACCAAGAAAAACAGAGAAAUAUGGUGGUUGAGGAUGCCAGUUCUGCUCAACAUAAGUAUCAACCUGUAGAGUACCUAACAGUUUUGUCUCCAUUUGGUUAUGUUCAUCUACGGUUUACAUCUCACCAUUCUGCCUUUAAACAAUUUCAGAGUAAGCUGGAAGAACAACAACAGAAUAUUAAUGUCAUUAAAGGGUUUAAGCCAACUUUUGGAGAACUGUGUGUUCUGAAGAUGAAAAGUGCCCCUUAUUAUGCUCGGGUUAAGCUACUGAAGCUGGAAAAUGAUCAAGCAGAGGUCCUUCUCGUGGAUUGUGGCGGUAUAAUGAUAGUUUGGAUUGGCAGUCUGCUCCCUCUUCAUGAAAAGUUGCAAAAUGUGAUGCAUCUUAGCAGAGUAGUGUGUCUUGCUGGUUUAGAUGCCCCAGGUGGCCAAAGACAUUGGCCACAGACAUCUUUAGACUACCUGAGAGAACAGCUGACAGUCCACAAUAAUUUGUACAUUCUACAUAAAGGCUCUUCUUAUUAUGACUCCAAACUGGACCUUCAAAUAAUGCCAGUGGAGAUUGGUUGGAUGGAAAAUAUUAUUCACGGACCUUUUGAAGCAGGUUCUGUCUAUCGUGUAUCCCUGAACAAGCUUCUCGUUCAGAAUGGCCUGGCACUUCCAGUGAAGUCAGCAAGAGCGAACUCCAGGGCCUUAACUUCAGCUUUGCAAAAGGAACAAGAGGAGUUAGUGUAUGAUCAUGAUCAUUCUAUUAACUUGGCUAAUGCAGAUGCUGAGUCACUCACAUCAGAUAAAGAAAUUUAUACUGAACAGGUUUUCGCUCAAGGUGUUGAAAACUUCACGAUAUCCUUGACACAUGAAGAGGAUGUCCCAUACCUGGGUAGAUGCAAUACCAUAAACAACAUCAGUCGCUGGAUUCCAUAUUCUUUACCUGUAACUACUACAUUCCUUGCAACUCCUUCCUAUGUAGACUGUCAAGGAAUUAUUUAUCUUCAGCCUACUGCAAAUGCACGAACUUUAGAAUUGAUUUAUGAGAGCCAAACAAUGCAGUUUGCAGGUUCUACUCCAACUGAUAAUGACCUGUGUUGGGCCCCUGGUGAUCCUGUUAUUUCACGUUUUCACUUGGAUAACAAGUGGUACCGUGCAACUGUUAAUAAACUUACAGAAGACGGGCAUGUUGAGGUUCAGUUUGUCGACUAUGGCAAUGUAGAGACUGUUGAACUACGAGAGCUUCGCAGGAAUAUAAUAUUUCCCCACAUUCCAAUCCAGUGCUGCAAGAGUGUACUGCAUAAUAUAGUUCCAGUCUCUGAGGAUGGUCAGUGGGACAUAAAGCUAUUAGAUUUUCUUCAUAAGACUUUAGUAGAUAAAGAAUGCCGUGUGACUGUUAUGGAAGAAGCAAGUUUAGGCGAAACACUAAAGAUUAACAUAGAAGUUAUAGAUGUUGGUUUAGAUGUGGCAUCAAUACUAGUUGAUAAAAUAAAAGUAUGCCGCCGAGUCAUCGCAGAUACUAAUAUGGAUGACCAGUUCUCUGUGGAUGUGGUAAUUGAGAGUGAUGCUUCUCUAGGUACACUACAGAACCCCACUACCCCUUUGCCUUCCUCACAGCCUUCCUCUCUCUCUUCCCCUCUGCCAUUCCCUUUACCUUCCCCUCUGCCAUUCCCUUUACCUUCCCCUCUGCCAUCCCCUUUACCUUCCCCUCUGCCAUCCCCUUUACCUUCACCUCUGCCAUCCCCUUUACCUUCUUCUCUGCCAUCCCUUUUACCUUCCCCUCUUCCAUCCCCACUGCCAUCCCCUUUACCUUUCCCUCUGACUUCCUCUGUUCCAUCUCCUUUGCCUUACCCUCUACCUACUAGUCUUCUACCAAGCAAUCCAUUGGACAUGUUCUGCGUGAAGGUGACAGCUAUAAAAGACCCUGCCAAUGUUUACAUUGCACCAGUCACCUGCUGUACCCUUCCUCCAGAGUAUCAGAUAAAAUUAGCAUCACACAAGAGAGAAUAUGACAAUUUUUUGGAAUUGGUCAACACCAGUAUCACUACAUUCCCAGUUGCCAGAAACCUCAAACUUGGUGAAAUGUACCUUGGAAAGUUCAUCACGGGUCACUGGUAUCGUGUUCAGCUUCUGAAGAUAAAGUCUGAAACAGCCAUUGUUCUCUACGUUGACUUUGGGAACUUAGAGGAAAUCUCCUAUGACUGUGUUCGCGAGUGUCCACCACAAGGCAAAAGCAUUGAUCCAUGUGCUGUUGGUGUGAGGCUGUACCAGGUGCAGCCACCAAAAGGCCCUGAGACAGAGUGGUGUGAGGCAGCCAUGGAAGGAAUGAUUCAAUGUCUAAUGGGCCCUCACAAGAAACAAAUUUGGGCAUCUAUAAAGGAGCCAGGAAAUCCUCUACAAGUUCAACUUUUUGAAAGAGAAGCAUCAGGAACUUGCACAUUGGCAUAUUCAGAUUUAAUUGAUAGAGGUCUCAUUGUUCUUGAUCAAAUUGAGCAAGAAUAAAACAGUCUGCCAUUUAUUUCUUAAAAUUAUAAGUUCAUAUGGUUUUUUAAUAGCUUUAAGAAUAUUGCAUUUAUUUCUGAUAGUAUAUUAAAUGCUGUGUUAAUAAGCCUUUAAUAAUUUUUUUUGGUAAUGUUAUCAAAUGUGGCUAUGAAGUUUUGUUUAAUUUUACCCUAAUGCAGUAAUUCCCAAGAAGACCUGUCAUUGGUAUUGAAUGGCUUAACAGCAAUAACAGAAGACGCAAGAUGCUCUUGUUGGGUAGCUUAUAGUUUUAGUCGUCCUUAGCAAGGCAUUUUGGUUAAGAGUUGUGUGUCCAGUACCUUAGUUAAGGUACCAUUAGUUAAAUACAACAACAUUUUUGUAAGCAUUAGCUCUACACUUUGAUAUAAUUGUAUUUACAUUACCUAAUAUGGUAGAUAAAUAUAUGUUCUGCAGUACCCUACUUUUUUAAAAGUUUUCCUACAUCACAGAAAUUACUUUUCUGCUAGACAUUGCUAAUGGAGAUAUUUUAUAAUAUUUUGAAUGUUAUUUUGUAGUUUAUAGAUAAUAGCAGUAAGGAAAUAGACUGUUUUGUAAAUUUACUAAACUUGGUUUGAUAAUCACACAGGAAAACCUUAUUUCAAAUCUAUAUACAGAACUGUAAUUAUUGUUUUGCUUUACAUUGUAUUAAGCUCAUCUUGGAACUUGCUAUGAUAAUGUAACUAGAAAUAAACAUCCUAUGUUCAGUACUUUAUUAACAAUUAUCCUGCUUACUCAGGUUAUUAUGUUUUAUCAUACACUUUGACAUUAAAGGAA